UUGGGGGUAGUUACGGUGAAAAUGAAACGGAAAACCGUAUUAAAAUAUUAGCCAGUUACGUAAUCUGCUGUCAAAAGUACAGCUAAAAUGCUGAAAGUCAUUUUAUGCAUGGACAUGUGCAUGCUAUUAACUAUAUUUGAAUGAAAUUUUGAACAGUUCAUAAGGGUACCGAUAUGAAGUCAACAUAUUCCAGCGUAAUUUAUACUUUAAAACAGAUACUCCACAGUUUUAACUGUAAGCUGUAAAUGUUAUAUUUAUCAGUUAUUCGGAAUUGAUAAAAGUAUAGAAAGAGCAUACUUUACUCCACAUUUUAUGAGGAAUACGGUUUAUUAAGAAAUGUCUUUAGGCUAUUAGAAGGGUACGUUUAUUAAAGAAAGACAAUAUUGCAUUUAAAACCACCAGUGAUGUAAGGCGUGUUUGUUUUAUUGUAAAAUCGUAAAAUAAAAUGUAAUAAUGAAGAAAUCGCGACAUUUCAUGAAGUGACAUCUUCCAUACACACAAUCUUUACAAACAGUUAAUAAAAAUACAAACGAGAAAAAUCAAGGUCACCUUUUCUUGUAACUGAUAUGUUACGAUACUGUAGGUGUCGAUGCACGUCAUGUACACAAUAUUUUAGUUACUGCAAAACAUGAGACAAACUUUUUCCCGUACAGAACAGCCUCUUGUCCAUUAUUAUGCGAUCGAUGCAUUUAUGUGCCUCUGGCGUCUGACUGAAAAAUAACGUUGGCAUUUAUAUAAAAUUUUGUCGAAGUAGGAAUAAAACAGUUUAGGAACGCCCUUUGACCCCUUCUAAAACUGGCGCAGCCAGGAGCGUAGUCUCUACUGGACGCAUGAUGGCUGCCUGAUCUCUAAAUUAGGAACCGGUGGGAGUCAGAAGUAGGCUACACGGGCUUUCCACUUAGGAGAGAAGUGACCAAGUGCGACGAGAGAGGUUAUAGGCACCAAGGAGAAGAGCCCUGUGGUUGUGUACUGACAUUUCUCCAUGGCUGCUGCGAGCUCAUCCACCACUGUAGUUGAGGGCUUCCACUUUGAGACCAAAUAUGUUGUCCUCAGCUACCUGGGCCUACAGCCACCCAGAAGUCUUCCUAGGACACGUGUUGCUACAGGUGAAGCUGCAGGCACCAGCCAGUCUGAGCAGGAACGGCACAGCGGGAUUAAGGGGCAGGUCGAGGAGGAGCUGAGGAGGCUGGAGGAGGAAAUCGCAACAUCCUUCUCGAGGACUGGCUUCGACUGCCACACGUCCCUGGUGUUCAGCCCCGCCAAUCCGGAGAGUUCCAUAGAGGAGUGUCUGGCCGUGCUGGGCAGCCAUGUGGGCCAGAACCUGGGCUCUCACCUUACCGCGGCCCUGCAGGGCCUGCUGGGAGAACCCCUGGACUACGAGCGUUACAGGGACGCGGUGCAGAACGUCUCCUCUCACUCUCAGGGUGGUUGGAACAAGGUUCUGGUGCCCCUAGUGCUCUUGCAGGCCUUGCUCUGGGAGGGGCAGCCCCUGACAGAGCUGGUUCCCCUGGGGAUGCACUAUCUGCUGGAGGCUGAGGCGGAGUUCGUCAUCGGGCAGGGUGGAUGGGGCACCGUGCUCAACCUGGAAGAGAUGGAGCCCGGUGUCAUCGUCGCUGAGGACGCCAACGACAUCUACAUCUUGUCGGGGGAGCAGCUGAGCCCCCCCGCGUCACUGGUGUCCUCGGCGGAGGGAGGAGAGCACAGGCCGUGGCAGGCGGACAGCCUCCUGACGGGCUCAGGGUCCUGGGCUCAGGUGGGCUCCACGGAACCCGAGGACGUGAAGAGCCUGGACAGCGAUGCGGGCGUGACGCUCGCCGAGGAGCGCAGCGAGAACAACUCCUCCAACUCCGACAUCGUGCACGUGGAGCGGGAGGAGGCGGAGCUUAUGGAGGGGGAGCUGCAGGAGAGCAUGCUGAGCAUUCUGGGUAGCGGGAGCGAGCUGGUGGAAAUGCAGGGGGGGACUUUGCUGUGUGCAGAGCCUCCCACUGAAGCCUCCGUGGUCCCUGAGAGCCAGUUAUCUGUGGGGGGGCUUCUCACAGUGCAGGAAACCCCAACUCCUCAAGUGCUCCUUUCUGUUCCAGAACCAAAGCCCCCUGUCCCUGCCCCCUUGCUAGCAGCAAAGCCAGAGGCCUUCGCGAAGCCGCAGCAGGAGAGUACGCAGGAGUCCGUGGCAGCAGUAGCCGGCAAGCCCCACGCAGCUCCACCCGAGGAGAUCCCGCCCAAGCCCAAACCAUCCAGGCCCUCUGAGCUCCCCAUGCUUCUGUGCAGUGGCGCCGCCCUGGUGGCCAUUGCUGCAGUAGUGGUUUAUGGAGCCAUGGUCUUCAGGAAGAAGUAGUAGCGUAGGGUGACUGGGGGUGCUGCACAGCCCAUACACUGGGGAGGAGCUUAUUGAGUUUUAUUUAACAUCAGGAUUGUUUUGUGCCUCCCUAAGUCAGCUCAAAACAUGGCUCAUGUCUGGAGCGUUUCUGUCUUUGUUUGCCUGUGACCCUUGCUGGGUCUUCCCCUCCCCCUGGGGCUUCUGGCGGGGAUUUCUGGGUAGUUUUCUGGUCCUUACAUACCAUGUGUGUCUCUACUGAAAGACUUUGAGAGAGGAGGGGUUGUUUGGGUCAUGCAAAACGGGAAGUGAGAUUUUACCUGCAGGAACUGGAAUCUACGUGGCCCAUACUGGAGUCCCGUUCUGCCCGCCACACCACGGCCGUAUCUGCGUUCCCCUCCGGUCUGGCUUCUGAUCUUGGCUCAUCUGUUUUGGGCUUGACUAUCCAAGGAUGCAGGAGUCCGUAGCCCCCUGGUGGCCAUCGCUGCACUACGUCACUUCCUUCUGUCUUUCUUUUUAUUUUUUCUUUGCCCUCCAUGCUAAAGCUUGUCCGCACCGCUAGUGUCACAUGGGGGAUGUUACACUUUCCCUCAGGUUUUUUUUGUUUUUUUUUUUAAGCCCCACGGCAAAGGAUGUGGGGGGCAGCAAUCAGCAGCCUUAAGGUAUGUGGCAAACAACCAGAGGAAAGAAGACCGGGCUGACCCCGUACUGUGAAGCGACCCACAUCCUUCCUGUCCGGUACUGACAUCUGUGCUCAGCGUGACGUUAACGGAGAGUCCGGGAGGCAGAUCCCCGCGUCAGAGCCGCGCAGCGACCAGAGCUCGGCACUGCACUUCACUGCAUCGGUAGUUUCCAGUCCAGUUGACACAUUCUAACCCACCCCCAUCCCCCCCCCCCCCCCCCCCCCCCCCCCCCAAUUAUGACAGCUGAAGCAUGACAGUUUGGCCAUCUGUGCUCAAAGCAAAAUGAAGAACCAAACGAAGGAGACAGGUUAGGGGGUCUGUCUAUAUUUUAUCUAUGAAUGGUUGAUUAUGAUUCUUAUGCCAUAAAACAUUGGUCUUUUAGCCCACAGAAAGGAUGGAGACGGUUUCUUCUGACUGAGUUUAGGACCUCAUGGUUGUAAAAGCCUCUACUUCUUGACUCUUCUCCUGAGCUCGGCCACACAUGUAAAUACAGGAUUGAAGUUAAAAUGGCUGACUUUUUUUUUUUUCUUCAGUGGUCUGAAAAUACCUUAAUAAAUGUCAUGGUUUGGUACGUACA